AUGCCGAAAGCACUCAAGAAGAGGAAGCCCAAGCCCGUCCCUGGCGAAGAGAACGAGCAGAACGGUUUCGCCAACCUCGAGGAUGUGGCGAAUGUUCUUGCGCGGAAGCUCGAGUUCCAUUUCACGCACGACAAGGAUUCCGAGCGCGCGGUGGACACGGCAGAAUGCAAGGAGCUUCUGCAGGUGCUCGGAGAGCUCCGGCAGAAGGUUCAGGGUGUCCACACCGGCGCGUAUAAGAUGCUUGUACAGAAGCUCGAACGAGGCCUCGAAGCCACUGGACGGCCGAAGGCCAACGAGGGCCCGCUAUCUUCUCGCGGGCCCGCGGCGUACGUGGAGAUGAAGGUUCAGCUGCUUCUGAGCUACCUCAUCGCUUUGACUUACUACCUGCUCUUGAAGGUCAAAGGGGUACCAGUCCAGUCCCAUCCGGUCGUGCCUCGGCUGCUCUGGAUCAGAUCCCUUCUAGAGAAGCUGAAGCCAGUGGAUCAGCGUUUGCAGUAUCAGAUGAAUAAGCUCCUGCAGUGGUCGGAUGCCAAGAAAGCGGAACAGCUCGCAGGUGCGCCGGAUGCCCACGCCUUGCGGCCGGGCAAGCUGGCAAUGACCGUGGGAGAUGAGGAGGAUGAUGAGGCGGAGGAGGCUCCAGAAGAGAAGCAGGAGGAGGGCGUCUACAAGCCGCCGAAGAUCGCACAGGUGGAGUACACCGGCGAUCACGUCUCCAUGCAGGAAAAGGCCGAGAAGGAGCUGGAGCGAAAGAAGGCGCGGCUCGAGCGCAGCGAGUUCAUGAGAAGCCUGCGGGAGGAGUUCACCGAUGCACCCCGGGAGAUCUUGGGUGAGGAGAAGUCUGCACGCGCGGCGAAAGCCGAGCGUCUGCUGCAGGAGCAGCAAGAGUACGAAGAAGACACAAUGACGCGCAUCCGGGUCAAGAAGGCAGACCUCCGGAAACAACGACAGGCAUUGAGGGAAGGGCGCCAGACCUCAGGCGGAGCGGUCUCGCUCUACGAUGCCUCUGCCGACUUCAACGACAUCCUCCGAAGUGCAGAUAGAGGGCGAGGCCGCCGGCAGAGUCGGGGUGGAGGAGUCCUGAAAGAGUACGAAGACGCCAAGCGGCGAGCGCAGGGCGUCCGCGCGAACGUGGCCACCGCCUUCGACACAGCUCCUGGCAAGCGAAAACGCGGCGGAGGUAGCAUGAGGGGAAGAGCACGCCGACGGUGA